AUGAAUGAAGAUAUCUCGAGCGGGCAUUCCCGCUCCCGCUCCCGCUACCGCUCGUCACUAAGCGGGCGGCCGACGUUCGGCCAUGACUUCCAAACUCAUAUCGGCGUCUGCAUGUGGCGAUGGGCGCUGAUAAAUCGCAGCGCGAAGAUAGCGCCGUUGGUAAACAAAGCUGCUAAAGGCGCGCCAAGGUCAUCGGAAUUUUUGCGCCGACUGUACCGUGAAUUUUGGAAUUUUUUGCAUUGGACUUACAGCGGCUUG